UUUUGCUGUGUAGGUGGUUUCGGACGCAGCCUCUGUCUGACGCAUAGAAAGAAGCCUGUUUCUGCAUAAGUAUCUAAUAUGAUGGUGAGAGGAGAAACUGCAAGCAAUUUAUUUAAUAUUUCAAAAGUUUCUUUGUAAAUUCAUAUUGGGUCAUUCCUGUUCUACAGCACUUUUUUGAACUCUUUUUAUUAAUGCACAAAUUAAUACACUUGUGUUGAAAUUGGAAGUAUUUCAAUUUAAGUAUCUUUCAGAAAUAUGCUCUGCUUAAGCUCAUCAUAUGACAUCAUGACUUGAUUAAUUAUUACACACGCAAAUAAAGAACCAUUGCACUGAGUGAUUGACAGUCAGUUUAAAAGAACUUUUGAAGUGCUGAUAUUAUCAUACAGAUUUUUGUAUUUUGUCAAACCAACUAAUACCACAAACCAUUACAGGACAAGUCAAUUGCUUAUAGUGAUGUUUGUGCUGUAGUUUUCCCUCCAAAAUGAUGUCACUUCCUGAAGGAUGAUGUCAUUAAAGAACUGCUUUUUAAUAGUUUUGAUAGUUUAACAUUACAAAAGAUUAACAUGAUGGCCAAGUUAACAUCAUCUGCUUCAGAAGAAACAGACCCAGUUCAGCUGAGCUGUGAGAAUACUCUGGUAAACUCUCUUUACAGUUUCAACACGUGCUACCACUGCACAUGUGACAACAGCCAUGACAACCUGUGAGUAACUGAAUUAGUAAAAUCAAAAAGAAAUGUUUCUUUUUACACCUUGAAUUGUGAUAAUUGGUAUAUUUGUAGCUGAUAAAUUACUGCUAACACUGUCUGAUUAUUCUGAAAUAAACUGGAAAAAUGAUUCCCUUCUCAAAAGUGAUUCCCCUUAUAAGUUAUUUUUAUAUUUGUAGACUCACUUUCCAAAUCAAACCCGCCAACCAGCACAACAAAGGAAACCACAUUUUCCAUGGCAACCUCUACUCUACCUAUUAACAGAAGAAUGUCAGAUCUUAGUACUUGGAUGCCAAUUUCAACAACGUCCACACAAAAAAACUUCACAAAGGGACACAAAAAUAUCAGUAAUGGCUGCUGUUUCCACUACUGAAACCCCAGAAUCCACCAGAACUGACCUCAAACACCCAGAUUCCCAUCAGGACAACACACCAGAUCCCACAGCGACUUCCUCUUUCAUUAUGGCUGAAAAUUCAAUUUACCAGCCCUCAGCAGUAAUGGCUGCUGUUUCCACUACUAAAACCCCAGAAUCCACCAGAACUGAUGUUCAAAAAACAAAUACUUCAACCACACCACCGCAUCCACAAAAAGUCACAUGGUUUAUAGUGCUGGUUUUCACUGGUGUUGGUGUCAUUCUGACUGGAUUCAUCUGUCUGGGAUGCUUUGCAUGUAUAAAAGGAAGACAACACAAUAAAAUGAGAUCAAUAAGAUCAGAUGUGCCCAGUCAAGGAAUUGGUAUGAGUUCUGCAGAGAUAUAUUCUCUGAUCACUUCUGAACCAGUCACAUCUCAGCCCAUAUCUGUGGGCCUCGAACACCCAGAUUCCCAUCAGGACAACACACCAGAUCCCACAGCGACUUCCUCUUUCAUUAUGGCUGAAAAUUCAAUGUACCAGCCCUCAGAUGUUUUGGUCAAUAAACAACAGAAAGAGGGAAAUAUGGAAAAUGAGAAUGUUUACCACCUGUACUGCACGAUCCCUGACAGACCAGUUCACUCAAACGCAGCAGAUCAAGUCUACAGUUUGGUGAACUGAUGCAUAUCAUAUGUAUAUCCAUUAUAAAGUUUCUUUACUUGAAGAAAAAUAGGUGUUUACUUUAUUCAGUGCUUGGUGUGGAACCCCUUAAUAUUGGACUUAAAAUAUCACAUUUAAUAUUAAUACUAUUUAUUUUUAACCAUCCCUGACUAUGUUUAGCUUAUGUCAUUCCAUGGAUAAAAGUAGGCUUUGCUUUGAAAACAUUAUCCAUAUAAAACCAUAAUAUACAGAUGAAAUUGCUUACUUACGGUUUGGGAUACAGCUUCUGUCAGAUCCAAUCCAGCGAUAUCAAUCUUUUUCUUUUUUUUUUACAGUCUAUGGAUCCAAUACUACAUCUUUCAACAAAAGUUUCUUUGCAAACUCUACAUUAUACUGGGCCUUCGUUUAAAAAACACAGUAAAAUGUUCAUUGUUCAAUGUUAUAUGUUCAAACAUAUAGGCCUAAUUCUCCGUCGCGAUCCGGGACGCCAAUAAAAACAAACCAGAUCCACUUGUUCCUGUGGAAAGUGUCAUUCUGAAGUCUGUACAGAGACAAAAACGCCGUUUAGGACGCGUCCAGGAGAUCUUUUACUGUUCAUUUGUCCUGAUGUCUGUACCUUUUAAACUGAUCUAUUUGCUUUUAACUAUGUGACGGUUGUGUCUGGUGAAGAGUGGGCGGGGCCUAUGGUCUGACGAUGUAAACCGAUUCGCCGAUGUCUUGCAGUCAUAUUUGCUGGUGUGACGCCAGAUCCCACAAUAUCCAAAUUAACCAUUUUUGGAACUUUAUUAAAUAAAUGCUUUGUUUAUACUGAGGAUGUAUUAAGCUAUGAAACUUUCAGGAUGUUUUCUUGAUACAAAGACUGUUUAUAUGUCAAAAGAUAAAGGAAAAUUUGAUUUUUCAUGUCAUAAUGACCCCUUUAAAGGUGCUACA